CAACGACUCAUUCUCGUCGUCGUAUCAUGAGCAGCGUCUACGAGCCGCGCCUCCUCGAGCCGAUCCCGUUCAACCCGAGCUUGAACCACAUGCCGCUUUUAAGUGCCUAUGACCUCUGGGCACUCGUCGACUGCCACCUAGAGGACACGGACGACAGUGUGACGACGGACGAAGAAGACGGUCGCUUCAGCGUCGCUUCGACCCUCUCGACCGAGUUGGACGAGUCCAGUGGCCGGAAGCACUGCGCAGUCUUUGGCUGCUCGAGCCCGGUCCGAGCCCGCGGCUUUUGCAAACGCCACGGCGGCGCCCGCGUCUGCGGCGUUCCGACAUGUGCCAAAGAAGCGCAGAACGGCCAGUUCUGCAUCGGCCACGGCGGCGGCAAGUGCUGCAAGGUCACCGGCUGCUCGAACGCCGCGCAGUCCCAAGGACUCUGCAAAGCCCACGGCGGCGGCUCCCGCUGCAAGCACCUUGGCUGCGAACGCAGUAGCCAAGGCGGCGGGUUCUGCCGCUCCCACGGCGGCGGCAAGCGCUGCGACGUGCCCGGCUGCACGAAAGGCGCCCAACGCGGCACCAAAUGUGCCAAGCACGGCGGCUGCCGGUCGUGCACUCUGCCGGGCUGCACGCGCACCGACCGCGGCGGCGGCCUCUGUGAGAUCCACCGCAAGGACAAGACGUGCGUCAUCGAAGGCUGCAAGCGGCUCGGCAAAACCCUCGGCAUGUGCACACCGCACGUGCGCGAGCACCGCCAUAGCGGGCUCCAAGCGCUUUUGUCGUAAAUCGUAUUCGCUAAGUGUAAACGUAUAUUUAAUGUAAUCUUGCAUCCAAUGAGC